UAUUUUACAUGACACGUUCACACGACGCAAAUAUUACGUUCUACUCUUUACAACUUUACGGCAUAUACUAUACAUUCAAAUGUUUCGAUGUAACAUGCUAUAAUGUUAUUUUAAUUUUAUUUUGAUUCUAUUGCAAUUUGAUUUUAUGUCGUUGUUAUCUAGUCAUUUAUGCUGGACGAAACUUGUUGAUCGGUGAAAUUCCUUAUUUUAUUAAUAGUGACGGUAAUCAGCAGUGUUCAUCGCAGUGAAAGUGUUUGAAUGAUCUUUCGCGAAAAUUAUGUUCUUCUAUUUCAUUAGAUAGUAACACAUCGCAUAUAUAUUUCAAAAGUGUCACGACUCAAAUUAACUUUGCUCUGUCUUGGAAGAAAGUCAGAACAAGGGAGAUUGGACAAAAACGAUGUUCCAGACCAAACUAUGGACCAGAGUUUCUGAGGAUGAUGUUAUUUUUUUAAAAACGUAUGUGAUGUAAAUACGGGACCAAUUUAUGUUGCGAGUCAAUGUAUCGUUCGGCGAAUUUCAGUGAAAUAUGCGAAAGCAUUUGAUGUGAAAGUGUUUGAAGAAUAUGUAAAUAUAUAAAAGAUCGAAUUUGUAACGACGGUAAAUUUAUUGUGAACGAGAAACACUACUCGAGCUUUCAGUGGACAUUUUUCACGUCGGUGUGAACAGACGCGUAAAGCACUAAAAUUCUUAUAAUAUCGUGAAUCCAUUUCCGAAUAUAUAAUUACGUUUCCCUAAACGUCGAAAUUAAUUUUGUGAAAAGUGUUUGCAUAUUUCUGGCAGUUGAAAAUAGAUUGAAAUCUGAAAUCACAUGGUAAUCUGUUAUGAUUAGUAGUUUUAGAGCUAUAGCGAGAGGGCCGAAUUGAUAUUUAGAUUAAUUUGUGAGUUGUGUCUUUAAUUGUGGAAUUGUAAUUGUACGUUACACCGAUGUAAUUAACGAGAAUGCUAUAGCGCGUAUUGAUCUGAAAUAUUCACUUAAACGGACCAGUGUACUUUUUCAAGCAUCGCAUACGAAAAUUAUAAUUUUCUCAAGCACACGUAUAUUUUUAGACAACAUGGUUUUACACGUUUGAGUGCGACAUGAAUUGCGUGGCGAAUGUUCUGUCCAUUUUUGUACUGAUAUGAUGACAGUUUUCAAAUACUUCUUUCAUCAUAGACAUAUGACUGCUGUAUAUACUUUGUACACAGCGAUCGACUUCGACUGGAAAUUCUUGAAAAACGAUAAACCGAGCAUCGAAAUUAUUCGAAAAUACGCAGAGUUGGUGCAUACUAUAUCGAUAUCGCUGAUGAUUUUCAUGUGUUCCGGUAGCAUUGUAAUGGUUUUCAUGUAUCAGGCACUGCCUGUUCUUCAAAUACCAGAAGAAAAUUAUACUAGAUUCUGGCAACGACCGUUUGCUUUGAAAGCAUUAGGGAAAGCUAUAAGUUAUCCUACUCUUUAUCUGAUCUCCUUGAAUGUAUUGCUUAAUGGUAUAAUCUUGACAGCUUUGGAAAUAACUUUUAUGGCUUUGUCAGAGCACAUAUGUGGAUUGUUCAAAAUUACAAGCUAUCACUUGAGGUACACUGCAAACGAAUAUAUUACGGAAAUUUCUGGAUGCGAGAAAAGUAAUGACGUUUACACGAAGAUACUAUUCGCCGUGCGUGUUCACAUAAAAGCGACGAAGCAUGUACAAGUCAUAUGGGACAUGUUUGGAAUACAUUACGUCAUUCUAUUAGUUUUUGGUAUCAUCGGAGGAACCAUGGUGUUUGUGAGCGUGAGUAACAUUGAAUUUUCAUGUCAGCGACAUAAAUAAUAAUUUUUUCACUACGUGUUAAUAAUUAUUGAUAUAUAUACAAAUAUAUAAGUGGAGUUUCCCUCUCUCCCCCUCUCUCUCUCUCUGAAUGUAUUAAUCAAAUUUAUUAAACAAAGGUUGAUAUGUCCUAUGACUUUCGAGCAGGCAAAAAUAUACAUGCUGUUUCUUCGUUUUUUAAUAUUUUUCAACGUACCAAUUAUUUUUACGAUUUCGCAACAAAUCUUAUCUCUUGAAAGAGUGUUUCGAAAUGAACGAAAAAUACAUGUGACUUUUUACACAGAAACGCGUUCUUAGAGGAAAUAUUUAAAGAAACGUGUCAAGAAGAUAAUCGUGUUUGCUAUAUCGAAUUUCCACGAACUUAGCACAAACUUUUCAGGAAGCACAACCACAAGUAUUCAUUUAAUUAUGACAUUUGGCACUGAUUUAUGUGAAAGCUCUCGUUAUAUCAAAUCAAAUCCAUCCCAAUAGUUCUAUUGAUUGAACUAGUGUCAGAGUAUAAAUGCAGAAAGUAGAUGUUUGUAAAAUUUGUUUCUUACAUUACAGGUCAUAAACACAACGUUUUCGUAUGUCACGUUCUUCUAUUCCGCAAAAAACUAACGUUUUUAAAAAAGCUGAUAAAAGACGGAUCGAGACAUAAAUGAUGUUUGCCCUAAUAAUUUUGACAUUUAACAGUCUGUUACGUAUCAUUGAUGUUGUUUGCACAAUAUAUGAAAUUAUUCUUGACAUAUUACUGUUUAU